AAGGAAAAAGUUCACGGUUCACACCAUCCCCACUUCAUAGCCGUUGAUCAUAUUGCAACGGCUACUUCUCUUUCAGUUCAUAUAUUUAAUUUUUAAAUCAACAAAAGAAAACCCUGUCUCUGGAUUUCAUCUUCCUCAUUCUUGUUCUUUCUUCACUUCAAUUCUCUCUUCUUCAACAUUCAAAAAAAGAAAAAAAAUAACAUCAUUAAUUUUCUUUCCUCUCUUUCACACAGCAACACCCAGUGAGUUAAUUCUUCGAAAUCUUGAAGAAUCUGACCGGAAAGUUUCGAUCUUUAUUCUUGUUAAAUGAAAUGGCACCCACACCAUCAUCAAAAUCCACCCCUCAUAUUUCAACACCGUUGUUCAAAUCGAAUCAAACCCAUCAAGUUAAAACCCCACAGUCUAGAAAUCGAUUGAAUUUCAACCUCUGUAAACCCUCGCCGAAUCCCAGUUCAGCGGCGGCGAUGAAAGAGAAUAACAGCGUUCCGGCAGAGCAUCCGGUGGAAGUAAUCGGGAGGAUUCGUGACCACCCAGAUGAGAAAAAGAAGCCCGUUUCCGUUUCCGUUUCCGCAUUGCAGACUAACCCAGAUGGGAAAUCUUUGAGGGUCAAGACAGAUAUUGGGUACAGGGAUUUCAGUCUUGAUGGGAUUUCUUUGUCGGAGGAAGAGGGCCUUGAUGAAUUCUACAAGAAGUUUGUUCAGUCUAGGAUUCUUGGUGUGAAAUUAGGUGACAAGUGUACGAUAAUGAUGUAUGGGCCCACUGGUGCUGGGAAAAGUCAUACAAUGUUUGGGUGCGCUAAACAGCCUGGGAUUGUUUACCGGUCAUUGAAGGAUAUUUUGGGUGAAGGGGAGGAAUUGAGUGAGGGAAAUGGUGAGAAAUUAGGGCCUGGGACUUUUGUUCAAGUUACUGUGUUGGAAAUUUACAAUGAAGAGAUUUAUGAUUUGCUGCCGACUAAUACUAAUGGUGGAGGAUCUAAUUUUGGGUGGCCUAAAGGAGGAAGUGCUUCUAAGGUGAGGUUGGAAGUGAUGGGAAAGAAGGCUAAAAAUGCGACUUAUAUUGCUGGAUAUGAUGCCAUAAAGAUCUCAAAAGAGAUCCAGAAAGUUGAGAAACGAAGAAUUGUAAAAAGCACACUUUGCAAUGAGAGAAGCUCUCGGAGCCACUGCAUGAUAAUUCUUGAUGUCCCUACAGUCGGUGGAAGACUUAUGCUUGUGGAUAUGGCAGGUUCUGAAAACAUCGAGCAGGCUGGCCAAAUUGGAUUUGAGGCCAAAAUGCAGACAGCAAAGAUUAACCAGGGUAAUAUUGCACUGAAACGUGUUGUGGAGUCCAUAGCAAAUGGUGAUUCUCACGUACCAUUUAGAGACAGCAAGUUAACCAUGCUUUUACAGGAUUCUUUUGAAGAUGACAAGUCAAAAAUUCUGAUGAUCCUUUGCGCUAGCCCUGACCCUAAGGAGCUACAUAAGACCAUAUCUACUCUAGAAUAUGGAGCAAAAGCCAAGUGCAUCAUUCGUGGUCCUCAUACACCAACUAAGGAAAAGGGUCUAGAAGAUACAUCCUCAGCUGCUAUUUUAGGCACACGAAUUGCAGCAAUGGACCAGUUUAUUUGCAAACUACAGAUGGAAAACAAACUGAGGGAGAAAGAACUUCUGAAGAAAGAAGAAGAAAUUUCAGCAUUAAGGGCAAAGCUUACAUUCAGCAGUGAUUUGGAUAAGAAGAUACAAGAAUGUCAGAAAAAGGCUAAUGAACAUUUUGAGAUGGAAAGAAAGAUGGAAAACAUACUCUUUCAACAACAACAGCAGGUUGAAAUGCUUAGACAACGGUUAAUGGAGAUAGAAUCUGAGGUUUGCCAACCAAGGGUUGGAGGUGGAUCCCUUGAUAUUGAAGGGAGCAACUUUGCAAGAAAGCUGUUGGAGACAUAUUCUGAGGAUCCAGGAAUGGUGAAAUCAAUGGAUUUAGAUAAAUCCUAUGAUUUGGAUGUGGGAAAACGUGAUGUGAUUAUGGUGUACAAAGCAGGAAACCCUGAGAAUCAUAGUGUUGUGGGACUCGACAUUAGAAAGAAUUCUAUAUUUGAAGAAGAUAAUGAUAUCUUUGUACCAAGUUUUCCCAGCAAGUUGUGCUUAAGCACAGUGUUUGAGGAGGAAGAAGAAGAUAGUGUGGAUGACAAAGAACAAUUCUUGGAUGAGGAAGUGCAAAAGGAGGUAAUAGAGGAGAAGAAGGUAGUAUGCUCUAGCUCUGUAGAUAUUGAGUCCAAUCCCACAAAUAUAUUUUAUGGAGAUUCUUUUGCCGAGCCGCCUCAAGUUGUUGUAGCUUCGCCUGACAUUUCAUCUAAGAAACAGGAGAAGGUAGAGGACAUGCAAGAUACCAGCGCUUCCAGGCAAUUGAGAAUUCAGAAUAUAUUCACUCUUUGUGGGAAUUAUAGGGAGCUCUCUCAGCACUGCUUAACUCCUAUGCCUGAGCGGAAGCUUUCUGAGGAUCUCUCAGCCUCUGAUAAUUUAGCUGGAAACUACCUGACGCCAGUUGGACCCAAGAAGGUGAAAACACUUAGUUUUGAGAAUACUAUGGAUUUAAAGGAGAACCACAACCCUUUGGGUGAAAAAAAUGGUGAUCUGGAUGUUUAUGUGAAAUGGGAAGCAUCAAGGGACAACCCAGGGAAGUUGAUCACGACGUUAAAGGUGGCUAAAGAGUCAACUCUAGCUGAUUUGAGGAAGCUGAUAGAAAUUUACAUGGGAGCUGACAAUCAGUCAUUUACAUUUACAUUCCUUGGGCUUGAGGUAUGUUGCUGAUCCCUCCAUACACUUUUCUGUGUAAAUUUAUAUUUAUUCUCAUCUUGGCUGAACUGAUGUAACCAGUUAUUGGACAUCAUGAAUUUUAUCUGGACAUGUGACCGAAGUUAUUAAGUAGUACACACAUGCCUCUUGCAUUCUCCAUGAAAUAUGACAGACAUUUACAAUGGCUUUAAACUUCAUCUUGCUUGUAUUUUUGUAAGCCUAGAAGAGAGCUGAUAUUUCUGAUCAGACCACUUCACCCUGAGAUAUUAUGCUUUCAGAUAAUAGUAAUGCUUUCAGCGAAAAAAUUCCUGCACUAAAGAAACCGUUCUGCAUUUAGAAGUAAUUUGUAGCCAUCUGCGUUAUUUUUGUGUUACUAGAGGGAGAAAACUGAUUUUCAUAUUAAACUCACUUUUCUGAUACUCUGGACAAACUGUUUUGGAUGAAAAUUCGAAGAGAUUUUUGUAUUGUGGCCAUCAUUUUCAUGUCCGACUAGAAAGAAGAAUUGCUUUCGCCGAAUCCAAUUGAGCUCACUUUUUCCUGACAUGUGUUUUGCCUCCGGUGUGGUAGUCAUCAUUUAUAUAUUCUCUCUGUAUUUGCUAUUAGAAUCAAUAUUAUUGCAAAUCAUUUCCAUAUUUGGCUUUCCCCUUGGAAGUAGUGACUUCAAUGUAUUUGUAUUCGCAAUCAGGAUCCUUCUGGUGCUCCUGUGGCCAAGGAAAAAGAGGCAACAAUGCAGGUGUCAAAACUUCCCAUUUGCAACAACCAGCUCCGUGGCCACCUAGCUUGUUUGCGCCCAUCGAAAGGAAUCCAGCGCGACGGUCAUCAUCAUCUCCCUUUGAGCCCUCUGGAAAACAAGCUGCCGAUAACUCCAUUGCCAACAAUCAGCAAGAAAACCAACUACUGCUCGCCAGAACUGCCGGAACGUCUUAACUCGACACCUUUCGUUACUCUUCGUAGACAUUAGUAAACAACAUGUUGCCAUCUUGAUGAUGAGCACAUGAUUUUGUACUAUCAUUUUGUAAUCUCUGAUCUUGGAGAUCAUUCUCUCGAAUGCAUAUGUAAUGUUCUUGUGUGCAAAAGCAGCAUUUUGUGAGCACUUCGAAUGCUCGAUAUGGCCGUGUUUAAGAAGUGAAUUCAUGUUGUCUAUAGUUCUGUUCCAUUAUGCAUUAUGAAUUGGUUGGCA